AUGAGAAUGUGCAAGGGAAUUCGUUUGAGAAGGGUGAAAAUUAAAGAUUUUGUACAUAAAUGUCAGAUGAAAGAGAAAACCAUUCCUAUUGAUUUGUUAGGCAAGCAUGAAGUGUGCUUUAUGAUGAAGUCUGCAUUCAAGGUUUUCGAGUCUAAGAAAGGUGGAAAUGUCACUUUCAGUGAUGGGAGCAAAUCUCAAAUAAAAGGGAAGGGAACUAUCUCUCUACCCAGACUGCUAGACAUUGCAAAUGUGUUGUAUGUAGAGGGUCUUAGAGUGAACUUGUUGAGCAUAAGUCAGAUAUGUGAUCAAGAGUUUAUAAUGCUGUUCUCAAAAUGGAAAUGCCUUGUGUUGAAUGAGUCUGGGAAGAAACUUAUAAGCGGAGUCCGCACUCUGGAUAAUUGCUAUGGAUUGGUACCUGAUGUUGAUAUUGUGUGCAACAGUAUUCGGUUGCCAAAUGAAGACUUAUGGCACCAAAGGUUGGGACAUGCUAGCUACAAACAUCUGUCAAUUGUAUCUAAGCAUGAAUCAGUGUUAAGAAUACCAAAGCUCAGCAAGCACAUUGAAGUUUUGAGUACAAGAUUGCAAAAUGAGAAGAACAUGAAGAUUGAUCGAAUUCACAGUGAUCAUGGUAAAGAAUUUGAGAACUCAUAUAUGGAAUCAUUUUGCACUAGAUCUGAUAUACCUCAAGAAUUCUCUACUCCUAUUACUCCUCAGCAAAAUAGUGUAGUAGAAAAAAAGAACAUAGUCAUUCAAGAGAUGGCUAGAGCCAUGUUACAUAAUAAAGAUGUGGCUAGAAAUUUAUGGGGAGAAGCAGUUAACACCAUAUGUCAUACGGAUAGAGAGAAUGUGGGAAAGUUUGACUCCCGAAGUGAUGAAGGAAUAUUUUUGGGAUACUCUUCCACAAGCAAAGCUUAUCGAGUGUACAACAAAAGAACCAAGAAGGUGAUGGAAACUGUCAAUGUUGUUAUUGAUGAAACUUCAAAUUCUGGUUCUAAGAAAAUUAGUGAGGAAAUACCUAAGGAAAUUCUUACUUCAGAGCCUAAGGUUGUUCAAGAAAUAGUUGAUCAAGAGCUCGUCUCUCUAAGUACUCCAAGUGUUGUAGAAGUCUUAGCAGACAUUCCUACCUCACCUGAAUCUGAAUCUCAUGAAGAGAAAAGACCUUCCUCAAUGAUCAACUUGAAUCACCCUCCUGAAGUUAUUGUGGGAAAUAUGAAUGAGCUUACACUAAGAAAGUGUACAGUUGAUAAAUGUGUUGCUAGCUUUGUGUCUUAUUCUUGCUAUUUGUCGCAGGUUGAACCCACCAAGGUUAAGGAUGCUUUCCAGGAUGAAAGUUGGGUUGAGGCCAUGAUAGGAUUCAUUGAUCCACACUUUCCAGAUCACGUGUUGUACCUCAAGGAGGCUCUCUAUGAACUAAAGCAAGCACCCAAAGCUUGGUAUGAUCGGUUUACACAAUACCUGGUCUCACAUGGUUUCACAAGAGGACAAGCUGAUCAAAUUCUUUUCAUCAAAAAGGAGAAUGGCGAGUUGAUAGUAGCUCAAGUCUAUGUUGAUGAUAUCAUCUUUAGGUCUACAAAGGAUGAACUUGCUCAUGACUUUUCGAAGCUUAUGCAGGAUGAGUUCGAGAUGAGCAUGAUUGGAGAGUUGAGUCACUUUCUUGGAUUGCAGAUUCGUCAGCAAGAGUAA